CCGUCGAAACCAUCCCUCGCACCACGGAAGGAAAGUGAACGAAACAAACAAAAACAGAUCUUGACACACACGCCGCAAAGCACACCAAAAGCAUCUCCACCAUGAUAUCGAGCUCGUUCUUUUGCUUUAUGCUGCUGCUGCUGCUGCUGCAAAAGCUGGACACUAGCCUGGGCCUGGUGGCCCCGUCGUCCCAGACAACCAAGGACCGGACACAGCAGCAACCCACGGCGUUGUACUCGGCACCCCCUCCGACCCAAAGGAGCAAAACCAGGAACCACAAAAGGAACAGAAAGUCCUCCAGCGACAUGAUGCUCACCGAGAUGCGCGCCGACAUCGACCGGAUGAAGCGAGAAGCCGCCGAGCGGUUGGAAGCCCUCAGCGAAAAGCUGGUCGUCGUCUCCAAGCAGAAGGAGCAGGAAGAAACGCUMAGAGCAAGAGAGAGGCAGGAGGCACUCAAGAAGAAAAAGCAACGAGAGAUAGCCAACGGGAAGACACAGAAGCCGUGGGCCACCGCGGCAGAGAAACCCGCAGCCACGRCCGGCACCACACCGGGCCGAGACGCCGCAACCGACGACGACGAUUCCRARACCCUGGAUUCGCUGGCGGAAAUGGCGGACGAAUUCCGUCGCGACAUGACUCGCAUGGAGGAAAGCCUCGGCAAGGAGACGCAAAACGAAUCGCYGGCUUCCACMAACCUUCUCCCGCUCUCCACGUUAACGACGGACACCAGGCACCCCCUCAAGCUCCUGGACGAUACCCGCUGGCGCCUCUGCCUGAACGUGGGCCGGGUCCCCGGAACCUGGAUGCCCAAGACCUGGGGGGCCAGCGGCGACAAGCUCCACCUCAAGCUCGAGRUCGAGUUUACCCCCGACGAGCUCUACGAGCGGGAGGACUUUUUCGGGGGCGUCUCGGACGGCUCCAAGGUCCUGCGGGUGGUACACGGCGAGGCCUCGCUGGCGCCGAGCAUGAACGAGGGCGGCCGGACCGUGAGGAUCGCCGACGGCGGCUGGAGGGUCUGCCCCGGGGAGGGCCCCCUCGGGACGCACGUCCUCCGCUUCUACUUUGAUGUCGAGGAGGAGGCCCGGCACCUCGGAUCGGACGUCUACCUUCCUCGGGGACGGGUCUUUGGCACCUGCGGGUACUUUCCGAUGGCCGGGAGAUCGAACSUCGACGGYCGCCAGGCCUCCAAGCGGGAGAUCUACGGCCGGGAGAUCCGCCAGAUGGAGGUCCGGUACCAGUCCCUCCAGACCGAGCUGGAGAGCAACCCGGACUGGUUCAGCCUCGGGAAACUGAGGUGCUUCCGGGAAAUGCGGGACCUCCGCCGGGACGCCCGGAAGAUCCACAAGGCCAUGGACGACCUGGACGUCAGGGAACCCAAAAAGUCCACCCUGCGCAUGUCGAGGGACCAGUCGGUGGGGCUGACCCACCGCGGCGGGAUUUCCUGCAGGAAGCUCACGGGGCUSUCGGAGGAAUACCACRUCCUCGGGAAGUUCGAGGUGGCCUCGAUAGAAAACCGGGAGCACUCGGACUACCGGGACGCCCUCCUGCCCUGAGGGAGCCAGGAACAAUACCUGCCUCGUGUCGCCAGGUGAUCGUGCKUAUGUGUGCGUGUUUGUGUGCUGGUGGAGAGAAGGCCCGGCACGAGGSAGAACGAAACACGCGUGCGUCCGAGCCGAGCCGAAACAGACGAAACGAAACGACACCGAUUCGAUGGCACGGAUGGCACGAGGAAAGCAGGAACGAAUCGAGGCGGAUUCCUUCCUUCCAUCGGUGCAAUGGACGGAAACCAACGGAAGCAUGCGGCAGCGAUACACACGUUGCGCGUCACCAAGACAAGCGAAGAAACGAACUAGCGAACUAACGAACGAACAACRGCAACUGGAUUCAAAGAAAAAAAGAAAAACUGGCAUGUUCUGCCCAUCGACGAAGAAAAUKGAACAAAUAGCCCUGUACCAAAAAUAAAUAGAAASGACCAAC